AUGAAUACUCUAUCAGUGAGGGCUCCCUUGCGGGCUGCAACAAAGCCGCAGUACCUGCACCUCGCUGUGCGAACCUACUCGAUCGUUGCAGCAACAACACUCAAUCCUGCAUGUGGCGUCAGCAAGCGCACAUUGACAUUCAGCCUCACAUCCAAACGCUCUAUCUCGUCAACACCCCAGAACCAGAUCACAGAUUAUUUCCCACCACCAAAGACUCCCAAUGUUAAGGAGGUGCAAACAGCAUGGGUUCAUCCAGUGUACACCGAGUCGCAAAUGCGAAAUAUUUGCAUUGCUCACAGACAAGCUUCAAAUUGGUCUGACUGGGUUGCCCUCGGAACUGUACGCAUGUUCCGAUGGGGCAUGGACACGGCGACAGGAUACAGACAUCCCAAGCCCGGCCAGGAACUAUCGGGCAUCUUCAAAAUGACCGAGCAUAAAUGGCUAAAUCGGUUUAUUUUCUUGGAAAGUGUGGCCGGUGUACCCGGCAUGGUGGGCGGCAUGCUGCGACAUCUCCGUAGUCUUCGCAAGAUGAAGCGGGACAAUGGAUGGAUUGAAACUCUGCUCGAAGAAGCAUUCAACGAACGCAUGCACCUCCUUACCUUCUUGAAACUGGCCGAACCAGGCUGGUUCAUGCGCUUGAUGGUUAUCGGCGCUCAGGGUGUCUUCUUCAACGGAUUCUUCCUGGCAUAUUUGAUCUCCCCACGCAUCUGCCACAGAUUUGUCGGAUACCUUGAGGAGGAGGCUGUCAUUACCUACACCCGUGCGAUUGAGGAACUUGAGGCCGGCAAGCUCCCGGAGUGGAAUGAUCUCGAUGCACCCGAGAUCGCAAUCAAAUACUGGCAAAUGCCAGAGGGUCAGCGCAAGAUGAAGGACCUCCUAAUGUUUGUCCGCGCCGACGAAGCCAAGCACCGCGAGGUUAAUCACACCCUCGCCAACCUCAAGCAGACUUAUGAUCCCAAUCCCUACCAGAUUGAGUACACCGAUCCGAGCAUAGUUCACCCGACGAAGGGCAUUGAUAACCUGAAGCCGGAGGGUUGGGAUCGCAAGGACAUCUUUACAAUUGAAGCGGGAAGGAAACCUUGA